CAUGGUGUGCCUCGAUGACUACGAAUAUUACGCUAAAACACACCUAUCGCUUAUGACAUGGAGCUUCUAUUCCUGUGGAACCGAUGACGAAAUUACGUUGGAAGAAAACAGGAGAGCGUUUCGAAGAAUUCGACUGAAACCAAGAGUAUUAAGAGACGUUUCAACACGUGACCUGAAAACUACAAUACUUUGCAGAGAAAUCGACAUACCAAUAUGCAUAUCUCCAACAGCACUCCACGGAUGGGCUCAUCCUGAUGCUGAAGCUGGGGCGGCUAGAGGUAGGACAUUAUGAAGCAAUUAGAAU